UACAAUUCCAUUACACUACUAGUAAAGUUGUUGCUUAAGAGACUUUAAGACUUGGAAAAGCCAUGGAAGUCCAACAAAUUCUCCACAUGAAUGGGGGAAAUGGAGAAACUAGCUACGCAUGUAACUCCAAACUUCAAAAACUAGUGAUAACCAAGGCAAAACCAGUGUUGAUUGAGAGCAUUUCAGAUUUGUAUACCACCAACUUACCUCCAUGUUUAAGGGUAGCAGAUUUGGGCUGCUCUUCAGGGCCCAACGCCCUACUGGUGAUCUCAGAGAUCAUUGAGGCUAUUGAUCAAAUAUGUCAUCAGUUGAAUCGUAACAUGCCCGAAUUCCAAGUGUUCCUCAAUGAUCUACCAAGUAAUGACUUCAACACCAUUUUCAAGACCUUGCCAAGCUUCCAUGAGCAACUAAAGAAGGAGAAGGGUGAAAAGUUUGGUCCAUGUUCCAUCACAGGAUUACCUGGUUCUUUCUAUGAUAGGCUUUUUCCAAGCAGUUCUAUAGACUUCCUUCAUUCCUCUUACAGCCUUCAUUUUCUAUCUCAGGUUCCUCCAAUGGCUGAAAGUAACAAAGGAAAUAUUUACUUGGUAAAGACGAGUCCUCCUAGUGUGCUCAAAGCAUACUUGGAGCAAUUUCAAAAGGAUUUCUCUUUAUUUCUUAGCUUGCGCUCCAAGGAAAUAACACCAGGAGGGAGAAUGGUUCUGACAAUGUUAGGCAGGAGAAGUGAAGAUCCCUUUGGCAAAGAAUGUUACUUUUGGGAGCUCUUGUCUAAGUCACUAAUUGACUUGGUCUCAGAGGGUCUCAUUGAAGAAGCUAAAGUGGAUUCAUUCAACUUGCCUUUCUAUAUGCCUUCUACUAAAGAGUUAGAGGCUAUAGUUUGUGCAGAAGGAUCAUUUUAUCUUGAUCAACUAGAAAUCUUUGACAUCAAUUGGGAUACGAGUGAUGAUGACGACAACAAAGAGCUCAUAUCUGAUAGAUUUAUAAGUGGGCAAAAAGUGGCAAAAUGUAUAAGAGCAGUGGCAGAACCCUUGAUUGCUUGUCACUUUGGGGAUGCUAUAAUUGAUCUUUUGUUUAGUAAGUACAUGGAGUAUGUCAGUGACCACCUCUCAAGGAGUGAGGGUAAGUAUGUUAAUUUUAUCAUUUCCUUGAGAGGGAAAUGAGGUUUGGGACUUUGAGGAGGCUAAUAAUUUUUAUUUUAUUUUAUUUUUUUAAUAAAAGGAGACUGAUAAUGUUAAUUUGGUCAUUUCUGUGAAAAAAUAAUUAUGUGUGUAUGCUUUGGGUGGAUACUAGCCAGUGCUACUUAGAAAAGAUAAUAAAGAUUACUCGUUCAUUUUUUUAAUAAAUGAUGUUGUAAUUUCGAGAUGGAUUAAUGGAAAGUUUUUGACAUCCAGUACAUGUA